AAGGUAGCGUGAACGUCGGGCAAGGUGCCCGUUAUGAGCGUGACCAAUGGCUAUACCGCUACCCGGUGAAACCCGAGAACCUGCCCGAGUUGAAUUCGGUCGAAGAACGGCUCAUCGCGCCACGUCUGCCAUAAACGAGCAUUCGACGUCUCACGCACGACAACAUGCAAGACGAAAUCAAAGGCCAAGUCGCGAACGUGUCCAUCGAAGGGCACAAACUCGUGCAAUGCCUCUUUAGAAAUGUCCUCGAAUGCGCGGCCAUCCACGUGCACAUCGAACGAAGGCUCAUCAGAAAACGACGAUCGGGUGCCAUGGAAGGUGCCAUAGAAGGAACUAUGCCUAACGCAUCCGAACCUAAGGCUCGUCAUGCAGCUGCCCGUGCAGAUUCGGGGAGGUCUCUUUCAUGCUUCAGCGUUGACGAGAAUGUUCAGGAUUUGCUUUGGGACGAGGAUGUCCAAAUGGAGGAGCUUCUCGAUUUCUCCUUCGACCACAUUGACAAGCUGGCUGAACGCAGGGGCAAAACUAUCACAAUCACAGAGAAGUGGCGUCUCUGGGAUUACGUGCAGCGAAUGAAGCGCGAGCAGCCCUACUGGAUAACCAAGGAGUCUGUGUCUUGGGACGAACUCGAGGCCAAGUACGCACUCCGGAGCCGCUCUUUGUCAUCAGACUCCUUGCGCGGUGACCUGCUGUUCUCCAGGGGUAGCCCGUGUACGCCCACGCCACUGGGGCGUUCGUUGUACAGGAAGGAGUCGACAGCUGCUCGUGGUGCUGCCGCCGCUGAGCCUGUGAACGAGCUGAAGUGCGAGCCGGACGAACGCUUUACGCUAUCCGAGCAGUGGGACGCAGGGUCGCCCCACAGAGAUCGCGUGGUAUCUGCAAUCUGCCCCAAGAAGAAACAAGGUUGGCAACGGCUCUUGGGAAAGGUUUUUCAUCCGAAACCGAAGAGCUCGACAAAAGACCACAUCACCCCCGAUGACUCCAGCUUCGCGGCUGUCACCAACAGCUCCAGUCCAUGCUCCCGUUACGAAGGAUCGCCGCCACCCUCGACUUUAUUUCCAAAGCAACGACCGACAGGUUUUCUUCGGCGGUCACUGCGAAAAGUAACCAUGGCGGCACGCAAACACGACUGAACGUCCAUCUUGUCGACGUAGCGAUAUUUUGCAUUAUGUACACACUUUUUAUUUGAUUUUAUUGUGCUUUUGACAACUUUUCGCUCACUGUAGAAUAAUAAAGGGUUAAUGCCCCCGCGAUAUGCCAUACCC